AUGGACCAAAACUUUGCGUUUAAAACGAGGAUAGUAGAGCGAUCAGGACAGUGUCAGUUGAAACUGUAUAAUUCCCUUGGCGAGUUAGUUGUCAUUUGUCAAUCAGAUGAUCGAAUGAAUGAUUGGAACAAAGUACUUUCAUCACACAUUUAUAAAGACGGUACAAGAGAUUUCAUACAAUACAAUCGUUUCGGAUCAUAUGCCCCUCCGAGGUCUGAUACACAAAUAUGCAUGUUUAUAGAUGGGGCUUGUUAUAUGGAAGCUGUGGCUAAAGCAAUUUCUCAAGCGCAACACGAAGUUUUUAUUACUGACUGGUGUAUGCAUCCAACUGUUUUUCUUAGACGACCAGUACGAGAUAACACAUGGCGCUUAGAUAUGCUGCUUCACGCAAAGGCAAAACAAGGAGUUAAAAUAUAUAUAAUGCUUUACAAGGAAAGUGAGCUCGCCGUUAAGUUUCGAAGUAUAAAAGUAAAGCGUUGGCUUCGAUCUCUUCAUUCAAACAUAUAUAUAUACCGUUCUCCACGAUCUACACGCUUAUGGAGUCAUCAUGAGAAAAUGGUCGCUGUCGAUCAAUCAAUAGUUUUUCUUGGUGGAAUUGAUCUGUGCUUUGGUCGAUGGGACACCAAUAAUCACAGGUUACAGGAUGUUCACAAAAUUGCUAAAGUUCAGGAGGUCAAUGCAGAAUUAAGAAGAAUAAAAAGUCUACGUAAACGAUCAAGAGGAAAUUUACACCCUCAAGGUAAACAAAGUUCUGAUUUUGUUAACUUGGAAAUGCAUACAAUCGACUCAGAAAGUGACCAGACAAACUCAAGUUGUGACCAAACACCUAAGCCACGUCAUCGUAGACUGACUAAUGCGAUUCAACGUGCAGGAGAUGCAAUGCUUUCUAUUAUGUAUCAAAUGGCAUUGGAUAAGAAAGAAAGUUUAAGAGUUUUAGAUGCUCAAAUGAGUCCUGCUUACUGUGAGUCAGAAUGGGGAAACUAUGAUAGUGAUACUCAUUUAGUCUAUGAUAAUCCAUCUUAUGAAGACGAUGCUACAACAAAUGUUAUGAUACGCAAAGAAUUGGCCUCGCUAGAAGAGCUUUCACAAGCCGGUCAACGAUGCACUUGGAUUGGACAAGAUUAUGUCAACUGGAGUUUAGUUGAACCAACUGCCAAAGAGCAUCCAGCAUUAGAUUUAGUAGAUAGAACAUGCGUUCCACGUAUGCCAUGGCAUGAUGUUGGCUGUGUGUUUGUUGGUACUGCUGCCUGUGAUAUAUCUAGACACUUUAUUCAACGCUGGAAUCAAAUACGAUUCAGGAAAAUAAGGUCUGCACCUAAAGGAAGUGGAAAACGGAUUUUUCAACGUCUUGUACCUGGUUUGUUACCAUCACACCCAUGUUCUCCAUGGACUGAAACAAAAUUGUCAACGAUCCUUGUAGACCCGAGGCAAUCUGCAGUGUGUACUGUACAAGCUUUGCGAAGUGUUGCUAACUGGUCGUUAGGAGUUCACUCGGGAGAUAAGAAAGGUUUCCGUAAAGCUUUCCGCAGACUGUUUCAUCAAAACUUGCCUAGCCGGUGCAAAAAUAACAUUGAUCUCGAUGAAACCAAAGAACAAAUUGGAUUAGAGAAGUCGGUUCUAAAUGCUUACAUUGAUAUGAUAAACCAGGCAGAAAACUUUAUAUAUAUUGAAAACCAGUAUUUUAUCAGCUACAUCCUAGGAUCACAAGAAGAUCAACACAGUGGUGAAGAUCUUGAAAGCGAAAAAAAUUCCACAAUUGAAAAAAGUCCUCAUAGACAAGCAUCUGAUCACCUUCAGCCUAGUAACUCUAAUGGUUUGGUCAAAAAUCGCAUAUGUGAAGCCAUUUAUCUUCGGAUUUUACGAGCUUAUAACGAAGGAAAACUCUUCCGUGUUUUCAUAAUGCUCCCUUCACUCACCGCGUUUAAAGGUGAAGUUGGAACUUCAUCUGGGACGUAUAUACAUGCAAUUUUACACUAUACACGACAAAGCUUGUUUACAGGUGAACAUGCUUUAAUUCCCCGGUUGAAGAAUGUUUUACCGAAUCCUGAAGACUAUGUCUCUAUAUGUAGCUUAAGAAAUUUUGACGAAUGGCCUGAUGGUUCUAUUAGAACAGAACUAAUUUACAUUCACAGCAAAGUUAUGAUUGUUGACGACAAGAAGAUGGUUUUGGGAUCAGCUAACAUAAAUGAUCGAAGCAUGUUAGGCUUUCGUGAUAGUGAAUUGGGUAUUAUAAUAGAAAGUAACUCAGACAAUGACUUAAUUCAGGGAAAGUUUGGAAAUACUAGUACAAAAGUACAUCCAUUUAUACAAAGAUUUCGCAGAAGUUUGAUGGCUGAAUUCCUUGGAAUGUUGCCAAAGAUUCCAAAAGAAUACAAAAUGUAUGUACAUCAUGACCUACUAGAUGACCCAGUGUCAAAUGAAUUUUUCCACGACGUUUGGAAUGCAACUGCUGUUAACAACGGAGAGAUUUUUGAGAAGGUUUUUAAUUGCAUACCUGGCUCAGGGUUGUUAACCUUUCGACAGUGUGCUGAAAGGAGAAAUGAAGUUCCAUUAAUUGUCAGUGAUCGUGAACAAGCAAUUGAGUUACUUAAAAACGUCAAAGGCUACUUAGUACCAUUUUAUUCUGAUUUCCUUGCAGACGAAUCAUUAGUAUGUCCAGUAGGAAGUAUAGAACGAAUGAUUCCAGAAGUAAUUUGGACAUAA